GCGUCAUAUCUUCCGAAACACGAAAACUGAGUUUCGGAAACCGUUCUGUCGUGUUUACACGUGAAGGUCUGCAUCAGAUUUGCUAGCCCAGUUAAAUAUGGUGCCUGGAAAACAGCUGAUACAGUUUAUGAUUUCGUCACUACAAUCGCUAUUGAUCUGAAAUUAGACGAGGUGUAAACAGCUCCAGUGUAAUAUUUCUUCUUAUCUUUCACUCCAUGUUUAUUAGCUGGAAAUUUAAAAAAAAAAAAAAAACAAGACAAACCUGACAGCCCAAGCACUUUUUAAAACCGGUUGUGUUUACAUGGUAUCGAAAAUCGAUUGCGGAAAUGGAAACCCGGCAACCAGAAGCGGGUUUCCAGAAUCGAUUUCAAAAUGUUUUUCCUUACCACCCAGAAGCGGUUUUGGGAAAUCAGUUUACGAAACCCGAUUUUUGGAGCCCUACAUAAAUGGGGGUGAAAGUCUGUUCACGACAGACUGGGUACGUGUCUGAUUGGAUAAAAUUGCGUUUGAUGGCGUCUCUUUCUUCAGCCAAUCACGAUCGCAGCGGAGUCUUCGCGUGAAGCAGCGUAGAUAUGUGGGUGGAUUGUUGUUGACUGUUGAGAUAUGAUGGCAGAUUCAAAUUUGUGUAUACUGUGUGGCAGAAAAUUUACAGCUAGAAAGAAUUUGUUUGCACACUAUAGAGGGGUACAUAAAUUACAGCCACAUACGAGGGCUACGAUUCGAUGUCCCAAGGAAGGCUGCAGGUUUUCCUGUAACUUUUUGGCUAAUUUGAGAAUACAUGUAGAGGAAGAGCACAAUACUCUGAUGGUGAAAGAAGUACUUCUGUUCGAAUCACCGGAAGAGUUUCAGGAGUGGAAGGCCAAAGAAGAGAAGGAAACCAAAAGCAGCUUUGUACAACACUGUGGUGCUAAGCGUACAAAAGGUGGCACUGAAAGGAUCACUUUUGUUUGUCACAGAAGUGGGAAGUUUCAGUCUUCAUCCACAGGCAAAAGGUUGCUGAAAUCACAAGGCAGUAUCAAGUUAGGAAGCCACUGUACUGCUGCUAUUGAGCUCCACAGAGAAGAAAGUGGCGAUUGUACUGUUGUUUAUUUCAAAACGCACUUUGGCCAUGAACAGCAUAUAGGCUUACUGCAGCUUAGUAGAUCUGAUAGGGAAGCCAUUGCACGUCAAAUUGCUAAGGGCGUGCAUUUCGAAAAAAUUUUGGAUGAUGUGAAGAGCUCCAUCCAUUCCGGAGAACCGGAGAGGCUGCACCUUAUUACUCGCCGCGACCUCCACAACAUAAAGAGAGAUUUUGGCAUUGGUGGCACUCGGCAACAGGACAUUGAUGAAGUGAGUGGACAAAAUGAAAGACUGGACACAAAUUCUUCUCAGUUGAGGAGACUGGAGUAUAAAUUACAGCUUUUGAGACGCCGUAUCAGCUCAGGUAUGAUGUCCAGAGAAACGAAGUGUAAAGUGGAGAAGGAAGUCGAUCGUUUGCUUUCACUUACUCAAUUGGACUUCAGCAGGGAAGUUCCGCAUUCCCACAAUAGUAAAAAAUUGAAAGUGCUACGAAUACCUGAUAAGUCUAAUAUCAACAGCGAAGUUCCGCAUUCCCCCAGAAAUGAAAAGUUGAAAGUGUUACAGACACCAGAUAAGUCCAACAUCCAUAGGAAAGUUCCACACUGCCCCAACAAAGAAAAGCUGGAAGUCCUACCAAUACCUAUCAAACCUAAGACCUUUCCAAGGAGCAUUUUUGUGGUUCCGGCCCAUAUUGAGAAGCCAAAUAGUGUAAUUGUGAAGGGGCAACCAAAUAGUGAAGUUAAGACUGUGCAUGUUGGUUUUGAUCACACAUACUGUCAGAGCUAGUUAGUGUGUGUGUGUGUGUGUGUGUGUGUGUGUGUUUCGUAUAGUUUAUUGCCUACUGGAAACAUGCCAUUUAAAAAAUAGAGCAAUGUAUCUGGCUUGGUACAUCUGUGGUGAUACGGAAACCCAAGUGUUGUUAACCCUCUAUUGCAUGACUUUUUUUUAUGGAUCCAAUUUCAGUGAAAACCAUAUCUGGGGGUAGGGUCUGACACACAAAAUACUGUGUAACAAGUAAAACAUAGAAAUUUUGAUUUAUUCAAUAUUUUAUGAUUGAUUGUUGCCAUAUGGCAACACCAUGCUUAUGUCAACACACUUCCCAGAAGACUCUCAACACUGUUAUUUACAUAUAUGUGUAAAAUUACUUAGGAAAGAAUGUAGCACAUUGUUUUCGUCAUGUUCUUCCUCUUCUUGUUCCUUUUCCUCUUACUCUUGUUCUCCUUCACUGUCAUAGUCUCAGAAAUGGCUAUAGCCGAAGUUCCAUGAGGAAUAUCAUGUCCAGCACUUUCAUCCUCUGAAUCAUCUGCAAAUUCUUCUUCACUGUUGGUGUUACCCAAUUUUGAAUCGUCACUUUCUUCAGGAAUAUUCCUAAUUGCCACUGAAUGUCUGCCACUGUAGAAGCAUAAAGCUGGAAUUGAUGCCAUGCCUACAAAAUAAAAAUAAUUAACAGCAUUGUACUGAAUCUGCCCAUGUUGAAAAAGGUUAUGUUUACAUUGGCAAGAUAAUAGUACUCACAUAUUUCAACAAACCGAAAAUAUUGAGUAAUUAUUUAUCAUUCAGUUAAAGAGGCAUUGAAACAUUAUCUGUGCUAUCAUUAAGCAACAUUUUACAUACCUUAAAAAUAUAAUUUUUUUAGGUGUGAUCUAAAUGGCAUAAAUAAUUUACUUUUUCUGCUGUUGUAGCAUGUGUUUACGUAUAGUGGACCUCCAGCAACGACUAUAGACCAUCAGCAUUUUCUGCCAAUAUAACACCGCUAAACACAGUCUACCUUGACUCAGUCAGACUGUGUGUUGCCAUAAGGCAACGCCAUGCGUAUACAAGCAGUUUCCGUAACAUUAUACAUAAAUUUAUAGUUUGUUGCAAUAAGGCAACACCGUGCAGAAGAGGGUUAAUAAAGGAAACAAAUUAUUCCUGUUAUUUUUACAUAUGGUGUAAGAGCUUUAAUUUGAUUAUUUUUAUAUAUGAAUUGGAGCGUGUCCCUUGCAGCAAGUGAUGGAAAGUUUGUGUGGUCAUAAUUCCUUUAAUAGAGGGAAGACCAGUGUAAUUUAGUAUGGGAUCAGUCUUCCUAGUUUUUUAUUUUUGUUUAUUUUUUUAUUAUAAAAAAGCUAUGUAUCGUGGUUUGCCCAGGUAGUAACCAGAGGCAUUUUUGUAAGGUCAGUUAAAAUUUAUUUGUAGCUCAUUGUUUAUCCUAACAAUGCCAAAUGGGUGUGAUAAGUUCUGGUCAGCCUGUGUAUAAAUGUACAAAAAACUGAGUGCAAAAAGUUUUAUUUCAUGUGUAACUGAGUUGUAAAUAAGAAGAGCAGAUUGUAAAACUGAAUGUCAAAGUGACUGAAGUGAUUAAUAGUCUGUUAAUGUACCCUGAGAGAAAGAAAACAUGUCAUAAAAAUAACAUGUAAUUUGUAAUAAAAUG